AACGGGGAUUAUUAUUAAUAUUAUUAUUCUAUUACUUUAUGGUAUGUAGAUGUAAUGAAAUCACGAUGAGAUGAAAUUGCUCCGUUGAGGCACAGCCUGUGUUGCGGUCGUUGGAAUAUCAGAAGACGCCAAACCUCGCCGGAAAAUUAUAUAAACUAAAACCAUCCCCAUUCUACAAAAUUAUUAUUUCAAUUCCGCGAAUUUAGACGUAGAAGAAAAUAACCCCUUAAACUCAAUUAUUAUUCUUUAAUUCCAUUUCCCUCUUUUCUUCUUCUUAUUCUUCCACGAAUCAAAUCCCUAACCGGUUCGAGUUGGUUCCGUUGCGCGCGAUCUAGUAGUUAUAGGUCGAAGACGAAGAAAGAAAUGACAGCACCGAACAUGGAUCAGUUCGAAGCUUUUUUCAGAAGAGCAGAUUUAGACGGAGAUGGAAGAAUCAGUGGAGCUGAGGCUGUCAAUUUCUUUCAGGGAUCCAACUUGCCUAAACACGUUCUCGCUCAGGUAUGGAUGCAUGCUGAUCAAGCCAAAACUGGUUUCCUUGGACGAAAUGAUUUUUAUAAUGCUUUGAGAUUAGUAACUGUUGCACAGAGCAAGCGAGAUUUAACGCCUGAUAUUGUCAAAGCAGCAUUAUUUGGUCCUGCUUCUGCUAAAAUCCCUGCACCGCAAAUCAAUCUGGCUGCUAUACCUCCACAGCGUCCGAAUCCGAAUCCAGUGGCUGCCUCAUCUGUUGGGCAGAUGGGUGCAACUGCACCCACAUCGACUCAAAGUUUUGCCUAUAGAGGACAGGGGUUAACAGGUUCUGCUGGGAAUCAACAAUAUCUUCCUUCCCAGCAGAAUCCUACCAUGAGACCACCUCAAUCACAGGGUUUUGCAGGUUCUGUUGCGAACCAACAGUAUCUUCCUUCCCAGCAGAAUCCUAACACGAGACCGCCUCAAUCACAGGGUUUUGCAGGUUCUGUUGCGAACCAACAGUAUCUUCCUUCCCAGCAGAAUCCUAACACGAGACCGCCUCAAUCACAGGGUUUUGCAGGUUCUGUUGCGAACCAACAGUAUCUUCCUUCCCAGCAGAAUCCUAACACGAGACCGCCUCAAUCACAGGGGUUUACAGGAUCUGUUCCAAAUCCGCAGUACCUUCCUUCCCAGCAGAGCCCAACAAUGAGACCACCUCAAUCAUUGGGGUUAGGAGGUUCUGUUGCAAACCAACAAUAUUUUCCUUCCCAGCAGAGUCCAACCAUGAGGCCACCUCAAUCCAUGCCUGCUGGUAGCGUUUCUGGUCCACCACAAUUCAUGCCUGCUGGUAGCACUCCUCGUCCAACUCAAUCGACGCCCGCUGGUACAGCCCCCCGUCUGCAACAGGGUUUUGCAGGUCCCAACCUCUCAAAUCCUAGCAUCUCAAAUGAAUGGAAUAGUGGAAGGACUGGUAUGGCUCCUCUUAGACCUGCAGGAACAACUCAAUCAGUUGCCUUAUCAACACCAACGUCGGCAUCUCCGGUCUCUCCAAUGUCCCAGCCAACAGCUAUUACCAAUAAUAAAGCAUUGGCUGGAAAUGGGUACCCUUCUAAUUCAGUUUUGAGCAGCGAUUUCUUCUCUGUUGCCUCAUCCACACCGAAACAAGAUCCUACUCGACAGAAUUAUCCUGUUAGCAGCCCACCUGCCUCAUCAGCCACUGUUCCAGUUUCCAGUAGUACCAACCCUGCAAGUAGACAAAGUUCACUUGAUUCAUUGCAGAGUGCAUUCUCAAUGUCGCUUACAAAUAGUCAGAUUCCGCGGACACAUUCUUUACCAAACACAAGCCAGCAAAUUUCACCACCUGCUUCUUCUCCGCUUUCCACAUCUGGGAGGUCGGUUGGACUUGGAAAUACUAGUUCUGACAAUUCACAACCUCCAUGGCCAAAAAUGAAACCUUCUGAUGUGCAGAAGUAUACAAAAGUGUUUAUGGAAGUUGACACCGACAGGGAUGGAAAAAUCACUGGGGAGCAGGCACGCAGUCUAUUUUUAAGUUGGAGAUUGCCAAUAGAUGUCUUAAAGAGGGUGUGGGACUUAUCUGACCAGGAUAAUGAUAGCAUGCUUUCCUUGAAGGAGUUUUGUUUUGCUCUUUAUUUGAUGGAGCGGUACAGGGAAGGUCGUCCUCUUCCACAGUCUCUUCCAAGUAAUGUUAUAUUUGACGAAACAUUGAUGUCUAUGACGGGGCAACCAAAAAUCACUUACGGAAAUGCAGCAUGGGGUGUAGGCCCAGGUUUUCAGCAGCAACAAGGGAUGCCAGGCACUCGGCAAGUGGCACCAGAAGCUGGUUUGAGGCCGCCAGUGCAAGAAGCGCCUGCUCGGGCUGAUGGCACUGUGCUGCCUGAUCAGAAAAAAUUUGGAACUUCUGUGUUGGAUGAUUCCUUUUUGAAUGACACAGAUAAUAGUGAACAAAAUAUUGAGACUGCAGGGAAAAAGGCUGAAGAAACUCAGAAUCUGAUAUUGGAUUCAAAAGAGAAGAUUGAGUUGUACCGCAACAAAAUGCAGGAAUUGGUCCUGUAUAAAAGCAGAUGUGAUAACCGUCUAAAUGAGAUUACAGAAAGGGCAUCUGCAGAUAAGCGUGAGGCAGAAUCUUUGGGCAAGAAAUAUGAAGAGAAAUACAAACAAGUUGCAGAAAUAGCAUCCAAAUUGACUGUAGAAGAAGCAAAAUUUCGUGAUAUACAGGAAAGGAAGGUGGAGUUGCAGCAAGCCAUCGUCAAAAUGGAACAAGGAGGUAGUGCAGAUGGUAUUCUUCAGGUUCGUGCUGAUCGCAUACAGUCAGAUCUUGAGCAGUUAUUUAGGGGUCUUACUGAACGGUGCAAGAAACAUGGGAUAGAUGUGAAGUCAAUUGCAAUGGUUCAGCUUCCAGAUGGUUGGCAACCCGGAAAUCCAGAGGGGGCUGCUGUUUGGGACGAAGAUUGGGAUAAAUUUGAAGAUGAAGGAUUUGCCAAUGAUCUCACUUUUGAUACGAAAAAUGCAUCUUCAAAGCCAAAACCUGCAUUCAUUCCAGGAGAACAAAAUUUUGUUGAUGAUAACUCAGUUAAUGGUUCACCUGUGAAUGCAAAUGGGAAGCAAGAAAUUUUUACUAAUGGUGAUUAUACAGUAGAGGAGGAAUCUUCUUAUGCACAGAAUGAAGAUUACUUGGCAAGAAGCCCUCGUGAUAGCCCAGCUGGGAGGACUACAGUGGACAGUCCUUCUAAAGAGUUUUCAACUGCUCAUUUUGUAGAAAGUUCUGAAGCAGAUGCAGAAACACAUAGAAGUUUUGAUGAAUCAACCUGGGGAGCAUUUGACAAUAAUGAUGAUGUGGACUCGGUGUGGGGUUUUAACACCAAGGACUCUGACUUGGAGAAGCAGGAAGAUUUCUUUAAAUCUGAUGAUUUUGGUCUAAACCCAGUUAGAACAGGAUCUACACAUACAGAUGGCGUGUUCCAGACAAAAAGCCCAUUUGCUUUUGAUGAUUCCGUGCCUGGAACUCCACUUUCUAAGUUUGGCAACUCUCCAAGGUACAGCGAAGCAGGGGAUCACUUCUUUGACACGUCACGGUUUGAUUCCUCCUUCAGCAUGCACGAAAGUGCAAAUUCUCCACAAGCAGAGAAGUUUACAAGAUUUGAUUCCAUAAGUAGCAGCAGGGAUUUUGGCUACAAUCAGGAGAAGUUUUCAAGGUUUGAUUCCAUAAGUAGCAGCAAGGAUUUUGGCUACAAUCACGAGAAAUUUUCAAGGUUUGAUUCUAUUAAUAGCAGCAAAGAUUUUGGCUACAAUCCUGAGAAGCUCACAAGGUUUGAUUCCAUGAGUAGCAGCAAAGAUUUUGGCUUCGGUAGUCAGGGACAUGCAAGGUUUGACUCAAUUAGCAGCACCAAGGACUUAGGCUAUAGUGCUCCAUUCUCUUUCGAUGACUCUGAUCCAUUCGGCUCCUCUGGUCCAUUUAAGGUCACUUCAGAGAAUCAUUCUCCAAAGAAAGGCUCUGAUAAUUGGAGUGCGUUCUAGCCUGCAAUCCAAGUUUUCCCUGUUUUUUUCGUUGUUGUUUCUAUUUCCUUGAUUGUUCAUGAUAGCCUAUUUUUUUGUGUAUAGCUAGAACUAAUGCUGGACGGUAAUAUUGUAUGGUAUGUAUUAUUUUCAAGAGAGCUUUUCUAUAUUUUUUGGGAGGGGUUUAUGUGAGAGGACGAGUGUGUGAGAGGGAGAUAAGCGUUAAACAUAUGGUGUGAAUGUACAACUAAAUUGAAUGACAAGCACAUGCAAAGGUUUUUUUUUCCUAUUC